AUGGACAUUCCUUCUACCCAAACGGCAGCUCUUCUGCCCCCAACAGGAGCUUCACCAACCGCGCGCCUCCAAAUCCGUCAUGAUCACCCCGUGCCAUCACCCACGAAAGGGGAAAUCCUCGUGAAGCUGGAGUACUCGGGCGUAUGCCACUCAGACGUACACAGCGUGCGCGGGGAGACCCCUAUGUUGACCGACGUGGCGGGCCAUGAAGGCGUAGGGAAGGUGGUCAGCGGCAAUGGACUUGAAAAACGAGAUUGGUUAGGCAAGAGAGUGGGCAUACGCUGGCUAUACAGUUCCUGCCUGCGAUGCGAGAUAUGCGCCAUCAAUACUACGGCGUGUCCAUAUCAAAAGAACGCCGGAGCAAAUGUCCCAGGAACAUUUCAACAAUAUAUUGUCAGCCCUGCGAAUCAUGUCACCAUAAUCCCUCCGGAACUGAAGCCAGAUGUCGCUGCGCCGCUUCUGUGUGCUGGGAUCGCCAUGUACUCCUCGAUAAUGAAGACGAAGACGCGCCCGGGUGACUGGAUUGUGCUUCCCGGAGCAGGCGGCGGGUUGGGUCACAUGGGUGUUCAGAUUGCCGUCAAGAAAGGUCUCAAGGUUAUCGCAAUUGAUAGCGGCGAGAAGAAAAGACAACUGUGCCUCUCCCGCGGGGCUACCAGUUUCCUAGACUUCAAGACGGACGACAUCGAGCAGGAGGUCAAAAGCUUAACAUCCGGCUUAGGUGCGCACGCCGUGAUUUGUACCGCCAAUAGCGAGCAAGCGUAUAUUCAGAGUAUGAGCCUGCUUCGUCGGCUAGGAGUGCUGGUCUGUGUCGGUAUUCCGAACGCACCGUUCCGGCUCCCAGCCACCCCAUUUGAUAUGAUCGUCAAAGGGCUCACGAUUGUAGGCAACUCGGCUGGCACUGCAGAGGAGAUGGACGAGUUGAUGGAGUUGGCUGUAGCAGGUGACGUUGAGGCGCAUGUUGAGGGAUAUGAGCUGGAAGAUAUAGAUGAGGUUCUGGAUCGACUGGGCCGCUCGGAAAUUGAUGGAAGGGCUGUUGUGCGUAUUCCCUGA